AUGGAGAUCUUGCGGGGCGCGGGCCUGGAUCCAGCCGCCGCUCGGCGGAGAGGCAAGGGUGCGAGCGCGGUGGGUCUGACUGCGGCGGUGCACAAGGACCCCAUCACGCGCGAGUGGACGCUGGAGGGCGGCGCGCUGGUGCUGGCGGACAGGGGUGUGUGCCUCAUCGACGAGUUUGACAAGAUGAACGACCAGGACCGCGUGUCCAUCCACGAGGCCAUGGAGCAGCAGUCCAUCAGCGUGUCAAAGGCCGGCAUCGUCACGCAGCUGCAGGCGCGGUGCAGCGUCAUCGCGGCGGCAAACCCGGUGGGGGGCCGCUACGACCCCAGCAAGACGUUCAGCGAAAAUGUGGAGCUCACGGACCCCAUCCUCUCGCGGUUUGACUGCAUGUGCGUCGUGCGCGACGUGGUGGACCCCAUCAACGACCAGCGGCUGGCGCAGUUUGUGGUUGGCAGCCACGCGCGUAGCCACCCCAGCCUCGCGCCGCUGGACCCCGAGAGGGCGGCGGAGAGGGCGGAGGCGCAGCAGGUCGGGGAGGACGGCACGCUGCCGCAGGCCGUGCUGCGCAAGUACAUCACGUACGCCAAGCAGCACUGCCGGCCGCAGCUCACGCAGGUGUGA